AUUUCGAUCUUUAUUACACAUAUCCGCUUUGGUCGUUGUUUCUCAUUACUACGGCGGUCAAUGGGAGCUUUGUGGCUUUGUAAUCCAGUCGAGUUUCCUUGUUAAUCUGGUACUGGCUUGGGAAGUGAAUUGUUUCAUCUUUGAAUAUAUUAAAGUAUAUUAUAUUUAUAUUGUGUGUCCUGCUAAAUGAAUAUAAAUUUAAGAUGAAUUCAAUGAGCAUGGCCCAGGUCGCAUCAUCAAAAGAAUCGGUCAGUCAGGCCAACCAGGAGUACUUACUCCAGGGAUCUAUUAUUGCAUCUGCUGUUGAACACUUAAUUCACCGGCUUCGUGGAUUGUGCGAUAACGUGGAAAAUGUACCCGAGACAUUUCAUGAUUUGGAAGUAUGUAUGAGCAUGAGGCAGCCGAAUCAGGUUCCCUUACAAGUACGUGUUCGCCGAGCACUGGGCACUCGGGAUUUGCCAUUUCAACUCAGAUAUAUCGGACAACCCGAACUAGAUCGAUCUAGGCCAACUUUGGUACGAUCCAGCAUCGAUGUUGGAUGCACAUCAACCGUUCUUGAAUUCCUAACUGAAUUGGGUUGCAGAGUAGAUUUUGAGUACGUUAGCCAAGGAUUCUUGUUUCGCAAAGGCCGAAUGAAAAUUACGGUGGCGAAAAUAUUUAAAAUUAUUCCUGGAAAACAGAAUGACAGUGAACCAGUGUGUAACAGCUAUUUGGUGGAACUAUCGGUAUUAGCGCCAAAUGGACAGGACGCGAUUGGAGAUGAAAUGCGUAUAUUUGCUGAACAAUUAAAACCAUUAGUACAUCUUGAAAAAAUUGAUUACAAAAGACUUGGCAAUAUUCCAUAAGUGUAAAUGCUCUAAUAUUAAAUAUUUGUAAAUUAACUAAAUAA